AUGGCUUUCAAAUGCCAGCAGCAACCGUUAGUCCCACUCGGAGUGCUCGCUACAACCGGGGCUAUUAUUUUAGCUACUAAGUCAAUUAGAAAGGGUGAUAGAGUAAACACACAAAAGUAUUUCCGUUACAGAGUUGGGUUCCAAUUGGCCACAUUGAUUGCCCUUGUCGCAGGUGGAUAUAUGUUCCAAGUUGAAUCACCAGAACAAAAGGCAUCAAGAGAAGAAAUAUUGAGAGCCAAAGCAAAAGUUAGAGAAAGGAUAUGGAUUGAAGAAUUAGAAAGAAGAGAUGCUGCGGUCAAGGAACGUAAGAAGAGAUUGGAAGAAUCAAGAGCAGAGUUGAUUCAAGCGGCCAAAGAAGGAUUCGAAGAAGAAAAGAAAUUGACUGAUGCUAUUGAAAAGGCAAAGGAAAAUAAAUCUACCAAAGGUCAGAGUAGUACAGAUGUUUCCAAUUAA